GCCCCGCUUGUAUCCACCUGAUUGGUUGGUGCGCGCGCGCGGGCUUGGUUUUCCCCCUCCCCAUCCCCUCGGGGGUAGGGGUUGGAGCAGCUCCUGGCCGAGGCCCGGCAGUCGCUUGUCAUCCCUUGAGGGGUUAGCAGCCCUCUGUGGCAGUUGUUGGUGGUCGUAAUGAUGAGGCUGCUCCGCUAUGAGUGGCCUAACUGAUACCCCCUGACAGGAAUAUGGCUGCGCCGGUGCCCGCGGCUGUUGCCUGGUUCAUGGCCGGGCCGGCGGGAGGCGGCGAGCGAAAGACGAGGGUCCUCUUGCCGCUGCUGCUGCUUCUGCUGGGCAAUCUUCUCAGCCGGUGCCUGGGAGAACAGCCCCCACGCGGCGCCGCCGCCGCCGCCGCCGCCUUGUUACCCGGCACGCCUGACUCUGAGGAGACGGUGAUCAUCGGACUGCGGUUGGAGGACACGGACGACGUGUCGUUUAUGGAAGGAGGAGCGCUGCGUGUGAGCGAGAGGACCCGUGUCAAGCUGCGUGUCUAUGGGCAAAAUAUCAAUAACGAGACUUGGUCCCGCAUCGCCUUUACUGAACACGAGAGGUGGCGGGACAGAGAAAGCAGGCGGCCGCCAGCGGAACAAGAAGACGGCCCAGCUCCCCUAGGCUCUCUCUCACCGGCUCCGCAGCGCUGCGGCAUCCGCACCUCGGACAUCAUCAUCCUGCCUCACAUCGUACUCAACCGUCGCACUUCGGGCAUCAUUGAGAUCGAUAUCAAGCCUUUGCGCAAAACAGAGAAGAGUAAAUCCUACUACUUGUGCACCUCCGUGUCCUCCCCAGCCAUCCUCGGGGGGGCAGGGAGCUCUGCUGGAGGCAGCAGCGGUGGAGGGAAUAUCAUUGGCCCAGAUGGGGGACCGUGGACUGAGACUACCUGGAUCUACCAUGACGGUGAGGAUACCAAGAUGAUAGUUGGUGAAGAAAAGAAGUUCUUGCUGCCCUUUUGGUUGCAAGUGAUCUUCAUCUCUCUCUUGCUGUGUCUCUCAGGCAUGUUUAGUGGCCUCAACCUAGGACUUAUGGCCCUCGACCCCAUGGAAUUACGUAUUGUGCAGAACUGUGGCACAGAAAAAGAAAAGAACUAUGCUAAGCGCAUUGAGCCUGUGCGCCGCCAGGGCAAUUAUUUGCUCUGUUCCUUGCUGUUAGGUAAUGUGUUGGUCAACACCACCCUUACCAUCCUGCUUGAUGAUAUUGCUGGUUCUGGGUUGGUGGCUGUAGUGGUCUCCACCAUUGGUAUAGUCAUUUUUGGUGAGAUUGUCCCACAGGCUAUCUGUUCCCGGCAUGGCCUCGCUGUAGGCGCCAACACCAUCUUCCUCACCAAAUUCUUCAUGAUGAUGACCUUCCCAGCCUCUUACCCUGUCAGUAAGCUGCUAGACUGUGUCUUAGGUCAGGAAAUUGGCACUGUGUACAACCGUGAAAAACUACUUGAGAUGUUGAGAGUCACUGACCCUUACAAUGACCUGGUGAAGGAGGAGCUGAACAUCAUCCAAGGUGCUUUGGAAUUACGCACAAAGACAGUGGAGGAUGUAAUGACUCCACUCCGGGACUGUUUUAUGAUUACUGCUGAAGCUGUGCUUGAUUUCAACACUAUGUCUGAGAUUAUGGAGAGUGGUUAUACCCGCAUCCCAGUCUUUGAAGGGGACCGCUCCAACAUUGUGGACCUUCUUUUUGUCAAGGACUUGGCCUUUGUGGAUCCUGAUGACUGCACCCCACUCAAAACCAUCACCCGUUUCUAUAACCAUCCACUGCAUUUCGUCUUCAACGAUACCAAACUUGAUGCCAUGCUUGAGGAAUUCAAAAAAGGUAAAUCUCACUUGGCAAUAGUACAACGGGUGAACAAUGAAGGGGAAGGGGAUCCUUUUUAUGAAGUCUUGGGCAUUGUUACCUUAGAAGAUGUAAUUGAAGAGAUCAUCAAGUCUGAAAUUCUAGAUGAAACAGAUCUGUACACUGAUAACAAGACCAAAAAGAAAGUAGCUCAUCGGGAGAGAAAGCAAGACUUCUCUGCCUUCAAACAGACAGACAGUGAAAUGAAGGUUAAAAUCUCACCACAGUUGCUCCUGGCAAUGCAUCGUUUCCUAGCAACAGAGGUUGAAGCAUUUGGUCCAUCCCAGAUGUCUGAGAAGAUCCUCCUGAGGCUUCUAAAACAUCCCAAUGUCAUUCAGGAAUUGAAGUAUGAUGAGAAGAACAAGAAAGCCCCUGAAUACUACCUCUAUCAGCGAAACAAACCCGUUGAUUACUUCAUUUUAAUCUUACAGGGGAAAGUGGAAGUGGAGGCUGGAAAAGAGGGAAUGAAGUUUGAGGCUGGUGCUUUCUCCUACUACGGAGUGAUGGCUCUCACAGCAUCACCAGUUCCCUUGUCCCUGUCUCGUACCUUUGUUGUCAGCAGAACUGAAUUAUUAGCAGCAGGUACUCCAGCUGAAAACAAAUCACCACCUCGUCCUUGUGGCUUGAAUCAUUCAGACUCUCUUAACAGAGGGGAUCGCAUUGAUGCAGUGACACCAACAUUAGGGAAUAGCAACAACCAGCUUAACUCCUCAUUUGUUCAAGUGUAUGUUCCUGACUACUCAGUGAGAGCAAUCUCAGACAUUCAAUAUGUCAAGAUUUCAAGACCACAGUACCAAAAUGCCUUAAUGGCAUCCAGGAUGGACAAAACACCUCAGUCCUCGGACAGUGAAACCACUAAAAUAGAACUGACUCUUACAGAACUACAUGAUGGUUUGCCAGAUGAGACGGCAAAUCUGCUGAAUGAACAGAACUGUGUGACUCACAACAAGUCCAACCACAGUAUGCACAGUGAAGGCGCCAUCUAGGAGCUGACAGGCGGUAUCUCCCUCAGUUCUCCAUCCCAACCCUCCUCUUCGUCAGGACCAGUCCUCAUGCCUUCCCCUUGCCAUCUACCUGACUGUGAAUACUAUUAGUAUGUGCUUAUUAAGUUGUACUGCAUUCAGUUCUGUGAGACCAAAGACUUCAUGCCCAGCCUGGGUGUAGAAAAAGAAAUGGGAAGGAAGGGGAGUGCAAAAAGCAAGAGACAGUUACAGAGAAAAAUGCAACCCUCACCUAAGCACUGCUUGGGAAUGGUGAGCUACUCCUCUGGAGUGAAUGGCUAAAUUUUUCCUAGUGGAGCAGAAUCAUGUUUAUUUUUCCAGCUGUUUCAUUCAUCUACCAGAUGGUGUGCAGAAAAGUUUAAACCAACAACUGUGUUUUUUUUCCAAGAAAAAAGUUUUUAAAGGUAUUUUACAGUUUUAAAUGUUGCAGGACAUUCCCAGUUAAGCUCUGGUGUAUUGUUUGUGAAUUUGUCCCUCUCCCAUAUCUUUGUUUCCUUCUUGUUGAAAUGGCAAACUGGUACUAGAAUGUAUUUGUUUUUUAAGAACAAAGAGUAGAUGAAAUUUAAGGAACCUGUGGCAUCUCACACUUGGGAGAUGGGAAGCUAUAUUCUCCCUCUAGCUAAUCUUGUGGGUAGGCAUUAUUUUGCGCUUUGUAUGCAAAAAAUUACUGAAAUGGUCAAGAAUGUCACAAAAAAUGGUGUGUGCCAUAUACAAUGGUAUAUUUUUGAUUUUUCAGGUGAUGCUACAGAGGCAGGACAUUUUUCCAGAGAGCUGUACACAACAUUGUAUUCCCAGGCAUUUGUAUUUCUGUUUCUUCUGGGGAAAUAAUUAUGGUACCUUGAUGAAUUCAUACCUUUAAAA